AUGGUUGUUCCUGACUGGCCCUUACCAUUUGAGAUUAUGUGCGAUGCCAGUGACUUUGCUGUUGGAGCUGUGUUGGGGCAGAGGCGUGAUCAGCAUUUCCGACCCAUCUACUACGCCUCGAAGACCUUGAAUGAUGCCCAGGAGAACUACACCACCACGGAGAAAAAGCUGAUGGCGGUGGUGUUUGCCUUCGAUAAAUGUCGUCCUUAUCUGGUCUUGUCCCAUGUGACUAUGUACACUGAUCACUCCGCGAUUCGAUACUUGAUGAGUAAGGCUGAUGCCAAGCCUAGGCUCAUACGAUGGAUCUUACUACUGCAGGAGUUUGAUAUUGAGAUUCGGGACAAGAAGGGAGCAGAGAAUGUUGCUGCCGAUCACCUCUCCCGGUUGGACGCACCCCCUGCGGACAACCUCGAGGAGGAGAUCAAUGACUCUUUUCCAGAUGAGUGA